CUUAAAUCAUUUAGGUUAGUUUCGUCUCAGACUGCGUUAGAAGUGUUCCAAAAUAGUUAUAAAUUAUUUUUUUCGAUUUUUAUUAGUACCACAGAUGGCACCGGAGGAGAUCGACCAAUCCCGUGACCGCAUCGCCGAAACCCUCAGCGGUCGUACCUUGCUCAUAACAGGUGGUACCGGUUUCGUGGGCAAAGUCCUCAUCGAGAAAAUCCUCCGCUGUCUUGACGUGAAAAAAAUCUACGUUUUGGUACGCCCAAAAAAAGGCAAAUCGCCAACGGAACGCCGAGCUGCACUUUUCGCCGAUCCGCUUUUCGAGUUGGCGAAAAAAACACGUGGUGAUGACGUUGUCAAGAGGGUGGAGUUCGUGUCGGGGGACAUCGCCGCCCCCGGCUUGGCUUUGAGUACCAGCGACCGCCAAAAGUUGGCGGCGGAGGCGGAGUUUAUUUUCCAUUGUGCUGCCACCAUACGGUUUGAUAUGGAUUUAAAACCAGCGGUACUACUUAAUGUCAGGGGUACCAAACUUAUGCUCGAGUUGGCGAAGGAGUGCAAGAGGCUUUUGAAUUUUGUUCAUCUUUCGACGGCUUAUUGUCAUCUCAAUGAAAGGGUACUAUACGAAAAAGCGUACCAACCACCAGCCGACCCUGAUAGUAUUAUAAAAUCAUGCGAAUUGAUGAGUAACGAAGCUGUGAAUAGUAUAGCACCAAAACUUCUGGAAGAGUGGCCCAACAGUUAUGCCUUCACUAAAGCUUUGGGUGAGGCUUUAGUGCAAGAUCAAGUUGGCAAAAUACCACUUAUUAUUCUCCGACCGUCCAUAAUUAUGCCAGUAUUGAAAGAACCCAUCCCUGGGUGGACUGAUAAUAUUAAUGGUCCCAUGGGACUUUUGAUAGCUGCUGGUAAAGGGGUACUUCGUACCAUGUACUGUAAAGGCGAAGCCUACGCUGAUUACGUCCCUGUGGACAUCGUGGUCAACGUUAUGCUUUGCAGUGCUUGUGAUCGCAUUGUGCUCAAAAAUUCGAAUCGCGUCUUUUACAACGUUACAAGUUCCGCCGAAUACAAGUUAACGUUUCAAGAACUAGUCGAUAUAGGGCGUCAAACGGUGUAUAACAAAAUCCCGUUAAAUGGGGUAUUUUGGUACCCGGAUGGUACCAUGCAACGUUCCCGUUGGGUCCACAACCUGGCAUUCUUUUUCUACCAAUGGGUACCCGCAGUUGUCGUCGAUAUACUCCUUGUGUGUCUUGGGUACAAACCGGUACUAAAACGCGUCCAAAGGAGGAUCCUUAAAGGGUACGAAGUAUUCGAGUACUACGCUAACAGACAAUGGGAUUUUGACAAUGAAGGUUCAUUUAAAGCAAGAAAAUUGAUGACAGAAAGAGAAAGAGAGUUGUACAAGGUUGAUGGAGAUGGGGUUUGUUACGAGGACUAUUUUUAUGAUUGUGUCAAAGCUGCUAGAUUGUAUAUUUUACAUGAGACAGAUGAUACAAUUCCUGCAGCUAAAAGACACAUGAAAGUAAUGUAUUGUGUCGACAAAAUUUGUAAAACUUUGAUUAUGUUAGGGUUCAUCUAUCUAAUUUGGAAAUUCUUCCUUUCGCUCAUUUUUGGGUUCUAGUUUCAAAUAAUAGUACCACUUAGUACCACAGGUGAUUGUAAUUAGUAUCUUUGUAAAUAGUGCAAAAGACAACCAAAUAAAAGUUUGUAUAUUUUUUAAA